UUUGGUCGUUGAUUCAAGUUAGUGUCGGUGUUAUCCAUUAGAUUAGUGUCGACUGGAAUAUCACAUUCAGCCACUGUGCUAGCUGUUUCCAGUUCAUCUCUGAACACACACCGACAUCUGUUAGCUCUUAGCAGCCGCGGCUAACGGUCAGUUUACAGUCAGUAGCAGCUUCCGGUCACUGAUGGAAGAUGGAGCUUCAGUCUCGUCAGACAGAAACAAUGGAGGAGGCAACACAGACCAGAGGAGCUCAGCAAGAAGAGAACUCGGGGUUAAAGAGGAAGCAUGUUGAAGAUGAAGAAGAGAAGAUGUCACCUAGCAAGAAGCAGGUGCUUGAUCACAGUGUGAAGGUGGCAAGUCACUACAACCAGCUGCAGGAAGUCGGCCUGGCAGCUCGUAGCAGAAGCCGAAUCUUCUUCAUGAGGAACUUCAACAACUGGCUGAAGAGUGUUCUAAUUGGUGAGAUCUUGGAGCAGGUAAGAGGGGCGGGAUCUCAGCAGGUGUCUGUGUUGGACCUUGGUUGUGGAAAAGGAGGAGACCUACUGAAGUGGAGAAGAGGAGGAAUCGAUCACCUGGUCUGUGCAGAUAUUGCAGGGGUUUCUGUGGAACAAUGUCAGAUUCGUUAUGACGAGAUGAAAAAAAAGAGUCACCGUAACGAGAAAAUCUUCACUGCUGAAUUCAUCACAGCAGACUGUUCAAAGGAGUUAUUGUCAGAGAAACUGGAUGAUGCUGAGCUUAUGUUCGACAUCUGCAGCUGUCAGUUUGUGUAUCAUUACUCAUUUGAGAGUGAGCACAAGGCUAAUGUGAUGCUGAGAAAUGCCUGUGAGCGUCUUAAACCUGGAGGGUACUUCAUCGGUACAACGCCAGAUGCCUUUGAACUUGUUAAACGUUUGGAGGCAUCUGAUUCGCUGUCAUUUGGUAAUGAGGUUUUCAAAGUGACCUUUCAGUCCAAAGGUUCCUACCCUCUGUUCGGAUGUCAGUAUCACUUUAACCUCGAGGAAGUCGUCAACGUUCCAGAGUUCCUCGUCUACUUUCCUCUCUUUGAACACAUGGCAAAGCAGUACAAUAUGCAGCUGGUGCUGAAACAAAGAUUUGCAGAUUUCUUUGAGGAGAAGGUGAAGAAGGAGAAUCAUCGCAGCCUCAUGAUGAAGAUGAUGGCUCUGGAGCCAUUUCCCAGUGAGGAUGGUCAGCAAGCCUCAGACAGUGCAGAGGAAUACUGUCAUGCUAAAGAGCACUGUGACCGAGCCGACGUCAGAACUCCCCUGGGAACGCUGAGCAGAUCUGAGUGGGAAGCUACCAGUAUCUACCUGGUGUUUGUGUUCCAGAAGAUGUCCUGAUGCUGCGCUCACCUGCUGCUGUUUGUCUCACUGUUCUUCAGCUCAUAUUUGUGUUUCUGUUGCUUUAAGUCAUUUUUGAUAAGAAAUGAUUGUUUUGUUUGCAAAUGAAAUAAAACUUCUGUCAAACGUU